UACUCACAGCAACCCGCAGGAGAGUAGGUGGAGUCUCGCUGUUUUUGAGCUCUGGACAAGGACAGACUACAGCUGUAGGAGAGCCUUUCUGCUAUCGCCUCUGCUGCUGCACUGCAAGGCUCAUGUUCCAGGAUUGUACCCCUUGAGAUAUGAGCAAGACAUCUUGGGAGAUACAGCCCUCCUUAUCCUACAAGCAGUUAAACUAAAACCAACACCAUCUUCAAUAUUUUCCACGGGAAGGAGUUUUCAGCAGAACAAUAAUGGAUCAGCACGAAUUUCAGACUGUGAUGGCAGACAAGGUGCAGGUGACCGGAGCUGGGGAGGAUGAGGCAGGUUCCGCGGUCAGCGCCUUGACCAUCCUGGCUCUUCUGGAGAGGGUGGCUGGGAUCAUCGACAAUGUGCAGGCGUGUCAGCAGCGUAUGGAGGAGCGGCAGUUAGAUCUGGAGAACUCUAUGAAGACCAUUCAGAUCGACAUCCUCAAGCUGGCAAAGGAUCACUCCACCACUGGAACCACAGUGGACAAGCUGCUGGAGAAGACCCGCAAGGUGAGCUCUAAUGUUAAGGAUGUUCGGCAGCGUGUGGAGAAGCAGAAUGCCCGCGUCAAGAAGGUGGAAGCCACACAGGAGGAGCUACUGACGAGGAACAAGUUCCGGGUAGUCAUCUACCAGGGGGAGACAGAGAUACCUUCCGUUGCUAUUACGAAAACUCCCAAGGGAGGCUCAGUGAGGAAUGCCAUUGAGCCUGAAACCAAUGACCCUCCUCCAGAUCUGUCUUCCGAUGAGGAAUACAUGGUGGUUGAGGAGGCCGACUCCUCUACUGGAGCUCGGCUUAAGAAAAUGGGCAUGAGGCGCAUUGACAGUAUCAAGAAGGCCUUCUCGAAGGAGAACAUGGUGAAGACCAAGCAAAACCUGGGCACCAAAGUGAACCACAUCAGCACCCGGAUAGUGACGCCAGAGCGCAGAGAGAAGAUCCAGCAGUCCAAGGAGAGGAUAAAGCAAUCUAGUGAGAGGCUGAAGGAAUCCAUCUCCAAAGCAGCCCCCACCAAGGAGUCCUUUAAGUUCACCAUCAAGAAAGAUAAAGAGAGGACUAUAGCAGAAGGGCAGGAGGGAACCCAAGGGGCUCUGGCAGAACAAGCUGCCGCUGAGGCAGGGGCAUCCACACAGCCCCCUAAAGCGAGCAGGAAGACAAGCCUAGAUGUCACCUACACUGAGGUGGUCACAGAGGUGAAGCAGGAAAGCAGCACUACAGAGCUGGCAGUACCACACCGUGAAGAUGGCAAACUUGUCUACACUGAAACAAUCGUGGCUGCAGUUGAAGAUAGCAAAGGGGAGCAGGCAGAGGCAGAUGUAAUGGAUAUGAAGCAACCAUCCUAAGCAUCCAACCUUUGGAAUGAAAUAGGCACCUCGCAUGAAUUGUACAAUUUCAGAAAAGUUCAAAUUUGCGAUGUAGUACAUAAUGUUUUUUUUGUUGUUGCAUAUUGAACAUUCAGGGGCAUUAUGUCUCAUUUCUUUUUCUUGAGAGGGUGGGGGGUUAUUAGCUAUUUUGUAAGCUUGAAGGGUCAUGGGUAGAAGUAAUCCUAUAGUUGCAGGCCAACCACAUUUAGCAACCCACCUAAAUAUGUGGUAUCCCAGAAAUCUGAAAUACAGACGCCCUGUAGAUUAUUCUGAAAUGUUUUAUAAAUGAUAAAAUGUGGUCUGUGCAGGUAGUUUUUUUGGUGUUUCAUGAAGUCAAAGCAUUAGACUGCCAGAAGCUUGGUUGGUUUACCAAAGACAUCCAAGUUGCUCCAGUUGAUUUUGCAAUAACCUUAGGCUAGUGGGAAAUGUUGUCCCUGAGCAGCAGUGCCAUCUUACAGUGGCCGAAUGAGGUUUUGAAGAGGUUUACAGCAUGGUGUCAAUUGUUAUGAUGAAAAGCAGGAAGUGAAGUGUAAAGAUGUGACUGUUAUAAAGGAUUUAGGCAGAUGCAGGUUUUUAACUUUUUUUUCUAGCCUCAGUAUUUCAUGGUACAAUAAAAACCACACAUUAAAUGGAUUCAAAAGAACUCGGUCAGCUGGUCUCUUUAGAGUAUCUUAAAUGUAUUUUCAUGGGAAAGAAACAAACCUUAGAUUAGGUGGAUUACAUGAAAAACAAGUAGAACAGGUUUGAUACACAAUAAAAAAAUAAAAUGUUUGAUAAUUUGUAUAUUUUCAAGUGAAAUGUAAUCCUUAAACAUUUCUUCUUGUUCUGUGUGUGUAGCCAAAUACAGCUGUCAGGUUUUAGUAUUAUCACACACAUCUGUCACUCGGCUGUUUCUGGGCAGUUUAUGUCAAAGUAUAAAAGUACUGGUAAAUAGCAGUAGAGUUUAUUUGCUAGUUUUUCUUUUUUUUGUUCAACCUGUUAAUAUAGGACCCACUUACUGUAAUAAAGAGUGACGUUUUGCAUGAAUUGAAAAACAUUUAUCUAUAAUACUGUAUCUUUCCACCCAAGUGUAAAUUAUGUCAAAAGUCCUUGGUGAAUGAAUGAACUCCUUUGCAGCUAAAGUUUAUUUUGAAAAGCUAUACAUUUCUUAAUUUGAAGGAAUAGCAUGCUUUAAAACACAGUGCUUUAACCCUGUAAACAUGUUUGUUAAAUAGCUUAAUUUAUACUAGUGUGGGGUUCGUGUCCACUUCAUCAGCUCAUGUUAAUGUGACAUUUUCUGUAAUACUGGUAUUUGUAUUUAAAUCUGCUUAUGAUAUAAUAAAAAAUAAAUUAAGAAACUUUA